AUGAUUUUUUGUAUUGUUCCUAAGCAAAAUAAAAAAAUACUUACAUACCGGAGAUUCUCUGACUUAAAUAACACUGCGUUAUCAAACUCUCUUAUGCUGUCAUUAAAUAUAGGAAGAGACUCUCUGAAUGAGCUCGAUCCAAAUUCUCUACUUGAUAUUUUUCUAACCAAUGUUAUAAAUGUCCUCGAUGAGUUUGCACCAUUAUACUCGCGUACAGUCUUUCGUUCGCUUAAUCCAUGA